CCCUUACAGGAGACAACAAAACAAAGGGAGAUAGAGGGAACCUAGGGGGAGCUAGGCUGCAUCUCUGUCGUCCCAUUUCUCUCUCAAUCACAAACCCUAGCUCUCUCCGUCCCUCCCUCUUUCUCUUUCUGAUCAUACAAACCCCAACCCUUCCAUCUUCGUCUUCGAAUCUGGCCCUGCCAUCUUGGAUCUAUUUUACCCCUCCAAAACCCCAUUUUCUGAUCUUAAAAACCCUAAUUUCUCCCUUUCUUGUCCGAAUCGAGAGGGUCUUUUUUCUCUAAUGUACGGUCUCAGAGAUAUGUACGGCUUCAUAGCUUGAAAUAUUGGGUUUUUUCGAAUCUCGGCCUGCGUUUAAGAGAGAAAGUUAGUUGGAAAAAAUUAUGUACAGGGAUCGAGGAGGUGGGGUUGGGUCUUCGAGAUCGGAGAUAGUGGGAGGCCCGUUGGAUCGCAAGCGCAUCAACGAUGCGCUGGACAGGCACCUAGAGAAGUCGUCCCCGUCUACUUCUAGGGGUGGUCUCAACAGUAAGGACAAGGAGAGACUCUCCGUACCCUCCACUUCCACCGGUAAAUCGCAGCAGCUCGAUCAUCGCGAUUCUCGCCCCGCUUCGCUUGCCAAAAACAAGUGCUCUGAUGAGGAAUCUGAAACAGACAGUGAAGGAUCGGAUGUUAGUGGUUCUGAUGGAGAUGAUACGUCAUGGAUUUCAUGGUUUUGCAAUUUGCGAGGAAAUGAAUUUUUCUGUGAAGUUGAUGAUGAAUAUGUUCAAGAUGAUUUCAAUCUUUGCGGCUUGAGCAGUCAAGUUCCUUAUUAUGAUUACGCACUUGAUCUGAUUUUGGAUGUUGAAUCUUCUCAUGGUGACAUGUUUACAGAAGAGCAAAAUGAAUUGGUUGAAUCAGCAGCGGAGAUGCUGUAUGGUCUUAUACAUGUUAGAUACAUACUGACAAGCAAGGGAAUGGCUGCAAUGUUGGAGAAGUACAAAAACUAUGAUUUUGGAAGAUGCCCUAGGGUUUACUGCUGUGGGCAACCCUGCCUCCCAGUUGGUCAGUCUGAUAUCCCUCGCUCAAGCACCGUAAAAAUCUACUGCCCCAAAUGUGAAGAUAUUUAUUAUCCUCGAUCCAAGUACCAAGGCAAUAUCGAUGGAGCUUAUUUCGGAACCACGUUUCCCCACUUAUUUUUAAUGACAUAUGGACACAUAAAGCCACAGAAGGCAACACAGAGCUACGUUCCAAGAGUUUUUGGCUUCAAGCUCCACAAGCCGUGACAUAAGAGGUGGAAGUUACCAUUUGUGAUGAAUUCUCCAAUUGUCCAUUUGUGGCUGUUCUCAUCUUUCCUCAUGUUUAUGUUAUAAAAUAUGAGUGGCUCUAACGGGCAAGAUGAAAUGCAAUAUAGUACUACAAUUGAUUUUGUCAAUGAAAAUGUUUAAAGUGGAAAUUUGCCUAUUA